GCUGGGAAGCGGCGAGAGAAAAGGGAGAAGGUGGACAGCAGGACAUUGAAGGAAGAAACACCGGCGGCGGCGGUUACCGGCGGAGGAGCGGCUUUCCACCUGGGUAAAACCAGCCACCGAGGCGGCAGAGAGCGACGCGGCGGCCAGGCGUUCGGAGACCCAGCGGGACGCGUCAGUGUGGCGCGAGGACUGACACUGGGAUGAGAUGUAAUUUAUGGCGAGAGCUGUUUGAUUAUAGGACAGUGACGGUGACACCACGACGAAGCAUGAGUGUUGGGAUCACUUGACAUGGCAGCCCUGCACUGACAAGCUUAUUGUGCUUAAUCAUACAUGUGCUGAAUAUAACAUUAAUGGUAAAUUAGCAGUCAGUCUCAGAUUCUAUCUGAAUUUUACUGCUCAGUUCACAUUUAGUUAUUUUUCAUGAAGUAUCUUACUGGAGUGUGCGUUUAUCGAGCACUACUCCUCAGAAAUGAAUCCAAGCGGCCUGGAACUCAAAUGAUUUGUGUUGGAAAAGGACCAUAAUAUGCUUUUUGGGAAACUGGCAGCUGAUCUUUUCAUAGCUAGAGGUCAACAUAACACUCAGUAUUAAUAAAACAAAUAAGACUAGGACGGAUAUUAAUGAUGAUAUGUACAGCUGUCCUGCGCAUGAGCUUGAAUUAUGUGUGAGCGUGCUGGAGGAGAGCAAAGGAGAGACACUCUCACACAUGUUUGUGUUUACUUGUCUGUGUGUGUGUGUGUGUGUGUGUGUGUGUGUGUGUGUGUGUGUGUGUGUGUGUGUGUGUGUGUGUGUGUGUGUGUGUGUGAUAGCCGAGUCCGCUUCCCUCAGAUGUUCCCUUUGACCUUUGACCCCGCAGCUGGGGUCAAGCCCUGACAAAUGAGAUGGUCGAGUUCUGGCCAGAACGGCAAACAUUCCACAACAAUCUUAUGUCCUCCUCCUCCCCUCUCCUCAUAUUCGUCAUUCCUCACCCCUUCGCUCCCAGAGAAAGUUCUCAUUACAAACAAACGUGUUUUAUUGUAUUUGCUGUGGGAACCUCAAAGCACGCACCCUUCAAAUUAAGAAUUACAACACCGGUUGGAUUUAAUAUCCUCCCCCGUAUCUGCCUCGUUCACAGGAGGAGAGAAAACAGAGGAGAUCUUAGAGGAGAAGCUGUGCUAAAGAUUUGGAUAUUGCAACCCUGCACUUUGAAAGCACACUGUGUGUGUUUGGAAAGCUUGUCAGUGAUGUCAAGGAUGAGAAAUGUUGCAGUGUGGUUUUUUACACACGCUGCUGGCUCUAGCAUUUCCGGCAACAUUUCUCACUCUGCCUCCCUCACACCAUCCGCUCUGCUGCAAUAUCCCCACAUUUUUCCAUCCUUUCACUUCUUCCCCUCCCUCCCUCCCUCCCUCGCCUUCUCUCUGCUCUCUGACCACUCUUACCCUUCCUCUCUGCUGCACCACCCUGCCCAAUCUCAGCCUCUCCCUCCCUUCUCUCUCCUCCCAGCACAUUCACUCACCCCCUCCUCUUUUUCCUCCACCCACUAUUUUCUCAGAUUUUCUAACAUGCCGUUCCACAGAAUGCUACCACCUGUGUCUUUAGGGAGAAAAGGAGGGCUAUUGGUAUUCCUCUUCGGGAAGCUGGUUAAGCAUCACCACCCUCCGUCAGAGCUCCAGCUACAAGUCACUGCUGUAAAAACACACACAGUCACUAUCGAUGAACGUCAGCAGAGCAGCCGCGGUGCCACAAAAGGAGCCUGGAGACCAACAAAGCCGGCUGAUACAGUAACACUGAGUGGAUCAUGCUCUUGAACUUGCUUUCAUAAUGAUGUAAUAUUACUAAAAGGCAA